AGCUUCCAUCCGUCUCCUCGGUGCCUAGGAGGUUGGAGGAAGAUGAUGCGGCCGAGCGGACCUCGUGUGCAGCGCGCCACUUUUUAGACGUAGAUUUUUCACUUGCCUUGUCUAGUUUCUUGCCAAAAAUUUGUUGCUGUUCAAUGCGAAGGUGCGAGAGGAGCGAAACAGAUUAGGUGCAACGAGAAAGAAGAAGAAGGAAAGGAAAGGUAGAAGUGAGGCGCAGUGAGCAGGGCUGGGCAUCAAAUUGCACCGGAUGUCAUUAUACACUGUUAAAUAUCCAGGAUUUUAAUCACAACCAGCGGUGGAGCUAUGGAGGUUGUAACACAUCUCGUGAAUGACACAGUAGAGUUUUAUAAAUGGAGCCUUACUAUAGCAGACAAGAGGGUGGAGAACUGGCCGAUGAUGGCGUCUCCCUCUCCCACCCUGGCCAUCAGCUGCCUGUACUUGAUUUUCUUGUGGGCGGGGCCUUGGUACAUGCAGGACCGCCAGCCCUUCACACUCAGGAAGACCCUCAUAGUGUACAACUUCAGCAUGGUGGUCCUCAACUUCUACAUCGCCAAAGAGCUCCUACUAGCAUCAAGAGCUGCUGGGUACAGCUACCUGUGCCAGCCGGUCAACUACUCAAACGAUGUGAAUGAAGUCAGGAUAGCAUCUGCUCUUUGGUGGUAUUACAUCUCCAAAGGUGUGGAGUUCCUGGACACAGUCUUUUUUAUACUGAGGAAGAAGUUCAACCAAGUCAGCUUCCUCCACGUCUACCAUCACUGUACCAUGUUUAUCCUCUGGUGGAUCGGUAUCAAGUGGGUCCCUGGUGGACAGUCGUUUUUCGGUGCAACCAUUAACUCUUCCAUCCACGUGCUCAUGUACGGCUACUAUGGGCUGGCUGCCUUGGGACCUCAUGUGCAGAAAUACCUCUGGUGGAAGAAAUACCUCACAAUAAUUCAGAUGAUCCAGUUCCAUGUAACCAUCAGCCACGCUGGUUAUUCCCUCUACACUGGCUGCCCCUUCCCCUGCUGGAUGCAGUGGGCUCUGAUCGGCUAUGCUGUCACCUUCAUCGUCCUCUUUGCCAAUUUCUACUACCACGCAUACAGACGCAAACCAUCACAGAAAGGCAGCAAGCCAGAGGCCAACGGCACUUCGGCCGUGACUAACGGUCACAGCAACAUGGAAGAAGUGGAGGAAAAUGGAAAGAGGCAAAAGAAGGGAAGAGCAAAAAUGGAGUGAAGAAGGAAGAGGCACAUCCCUGGCAACAAGCUGAAAGUUGAUGGAGAAAGAGGGGAGAAAUAAACCAGACAAUUAUCUGUGCAGAUAAUGUAGAUUGAGGUGAUUCGGGACCAACCUGAGAAGAACAGCGGGUGUCAGUGUGUAUUUAUGGGCAAGUCUGUAAAAGCUUCUGGUUUUUAGGUGGGAGACGGCUUUGGUGGUUGUCUCCAUAACAUUUUUUUUUUAAAGAAGAAAAGCAAAAUGCUGAUCAAAUAGGCUCCAUGCUAUUCUGUCCAGCUGUGUUUUGGACCCUGUUAGGACCAAAAUGUCACAGAAAAUGCAAAACCUGCUCAGCAUUCACGACCAAAUUUCACCUUCAACUUUUGUACUCUGGAUUCUAACAUCGCUUUAUCUGAAUGCUCAAAUAGUUAAUGUGCUAAUUUAUUUGUUAGGGCUCUAAAUAAAUUUUGAUUAAGUCAC